GCUUUGCCACUUGAAAAAGGAUAAGAUGAUAUUCUUUUUGGUUUGAAGGUAUCAAGUUUUGCUAAUACGCAAAAGCUCAAGCUGAAAGCUUCACAUUCCAAUUCCCAUGGAAAUGAGAGUCCUCCACCACCAUUCCCGUCUUCCUCAUUCAUUCCUCUCCUCUCUUCCUCAAAUCUAACUCCUUUCUUCCAAAUUCACACUCCUCUUCUUAAGACCUCCCUUCGUCGGCACCACCGUUUUCCCAUAAACUCAGUUUCACAGAACCCAUUUCAAUCCAGCGAAUCGAUUCCUAAAACCCCAGAAAAGCCACAGCCUAGAACUCUUUUCCCAAGUGGGUUCAAGCGCCUGGAGAUUAAAGUGCCCUGUGUGGUGCCCCAAUUAGAUGCAGCAGAGGUUUUGAGCGGUGGUGAUGCUUUGGAUUUGAUCGACAGGGCGGUGUCCAAGUGGGUUGGUAUCGUGGUGCUCAAUAGCGGCGAAGGCGGUGGCGGUAAACUCUACGAAGCCGCUUGUAAAUUGAAGUCGGUGGUCGGAGACCGCGCUUAUUUGUUGAUAGCUGAGCGUGUCGACAUUGCGACUGCCGUUAAUGCCAGUGGAGUUGUCCUCUCUGAUCAAGCAUUGACACUCACUGCAACUGCAAGCAAUGAGUCUUCUUCAUAUUCAGCUCUCAGGGCUCUGCCUCCCCACCGCUCCUGCAAUCUCGCCCCACCUUUUUUACUGCCGAAGCGGACCAUCCCCAUCGUCUCUCUCGCCUUCAACUUCUCUUUCUUCGUCGCACCCCACAAUUCAGAUUGUAGGUGGAAAAACAUCAAAUUUCUUUGGAGAUUUGAGCCCCAAAGGUACAUCUAACAGCGACCUACUUGAGGGAGAUUGGGUUGAUUUUGAAGCUGAUCUUUAUUACUGGACAAAUACAUUGCGUCCUGUUCAGUGGUAUCCUGGCCAUAUAGCAAAAACAGAAAAAGAGCUGAAGCAUCAACUAAAGCUGAUGGAUGUUGUGAUAGAAGUUCGAGAUGCUAGAAUACCCUUGUCUACAAGUCACCCACAGAUGGAUGCAUGGCUUGGUAAUAGGAGAAGAAUAUUGGUAUUGAAUAGAGAAGAUAUGAUAUCUUCAGCAGAUCGGAAUGCUUGGGCAGCUUAUUUUACGAGACAGGGAAUAAAAGUAGUAUUUUCGAAUGGGCAACUUGGAAUGGGCACAAUGAAGCUAGGGCGGUUGGCCAAGACAUUAGCGGCAGAUGUCAAUGUCAAACGUAGAGCAAAAGGACUACUUCCUCGCGCGGUUCGUGCUGGAAUAGUUGGAUAUCCUAAUGUUGGAAAAUCGUCUCUGAUCAACCGCUUGCUGAAACGACGAAUGUGUCCAGCAGCUCCAAGACCAGGUGUCACCAGAGAAUUGAAGUGGGUCCGUUUUGGCAAAGAUCUUGAGUUGCUUGAUUCUCCUGGUAUUAUACCAAUGCGGAUUAGUGACCAGACAGCUGCAAUAAAGCUUGCUAUCUGCGAUGACAUUGGAGAGAGGUCCUACAAUGCUGCUGAUGUUGCUGCCAUCCUUGUACAGAUUCUUACCAAGCUUCCGUCAGUAGGUAUAGAAUCACUUCAAAAGCGAUACAAAGUUGAUGCAAGCGGUCAAUGUGGUCACAUAUUUAUUCAAAAGUUAGCACUCCAACUGUUCAACGGGGACAGUCAUCAAGCAGCUUUCCGCAUCUUAUCAGAUUUUCGCAAAGGAAAGUUUGGUUGGACUGCUUUGGAGAGGCCUCCCAGAUAAUACUGUUGGAUGAUUGUUUCUUGGAGAAUUUCAGCUUUUCUCUUAUACAACUUUUAUAAAUGCUAAAGGCCACCUGGUGGAGAAUUAGAAGCAGAUUCAUGAUGCUUAUUGCUUUCAACUUGCGGAGUUGCGGGAACCACAAAACUGGAGGUCCUUGAUCAUGAAUGGCAAGGAGUGUCACUAAUAUGUGAAGCCAUUUUAAUCAUGUAAUAUAUGUUUUUAUAUUACUCGUGUAAUUAAAACUAUCUUUUUGGUUAACCUACAUUUGUAUCCCAAAUAAAUUCUGUAGUGCUUAACUAUAUAUCUCUUUGCAGCUGUUCCUGUGUUGCA